AUGCCUAACAGCAGCACAAGAAGAGGAGUGACCAUCAACCCCAACGUCAAGGUUCAUGAAAUCUUUCCCCUCUACGAAUACACUGCCAGCGAAAUCAGUACUAUAUGGUAUAAUGAAGAUGAAAUGGCCGAAAUCUCAAGAUCAUGCGCCAAGAUUCUGAGAAGACUCGAAAGUGUUGGGAGCGCCAAAGAAAGUAAGUACUGUAUUCGUGGCUUGGAAACCCACACCAGAUUGGGCUCCGUUGUCAAGAGAAGCAACCGAGCGGCUGCGAGAGCAGCAGUGCUCGCGGAACAAGCAAGGCAAUGGAGGAACGAAAAAGGCGAAAAUGGCGCCCAAGCUAUCUGCGAUGCUUAUCGAAGAACAACCUCGAGUUGCCAAAUGUGGGCUCAAGCUGUUGGAAGGCGUGACCAACAAGAAGUAGAAGCUUAUCUGUGUAAUGACAAUGAUGAUGUCGAAGAAGAAGAGGAGGAAGAAUCAGUACUAGGGAGAAAGCCUUCACCUUCAUCUACAAUCGCCUGCUCGCCAAGCCAAGAGUCCAGAAUAGUUCUGCGGGCAGCUAAUACAGCAAGUCCUAGCGCCAAAGCGGCGUAG